UGGGGCGGUGUCGGUAGCACAACAAACCCUAUCAGGGAUUUUCAGUAGCUCUCAAAGUUUUAUUUCAGGCCGAAAAGUACGUCAAAGGACAGGAGGGAAUAUAGGAAUUGAUAUACGCGUCUCCACAUUAUGUCAAAUACGGCAAAGAAGAAGAAAGCUGACCUGAAGGUGGUAAUCGUCGGGGAGGCAAGUAUCGGGAAGACGUGUCUUAUACGACGGUACAUUGAAGGAACAUUUGAUCCUGAUACAUCUACAACUCUAGGUGCAUCGUUUUAUUUAAAACAAUGGGGGAACUAUAAUGUUGCGUUAUGGGACACUGCGGGAGAAGAGAGGUUUUCUGGUCUCAGCUCUUUCUAUUGUCGUGGUGCGUCGGCGGCCAUCUUAGCCUUUGAUCCUUGCUCGCAGCAGUCGUUCCAGGCUUUGAGAGAGAGAUUUGUCCCUCUCCUGGAGGCAGCCGAGAAAGACUGUCUCCAUGUUGUUGUGGCAACGAAAGCUGACCUCGUGUCACCAUCAACACGCGCCGUCAGCAGUCAGCAGGUGCUUGCAUUUGCACGCGAAAUCAAUCAGCAUUUGCCUCCAAAGGACGACAAACCUGUGAUACCGUAUUUCGAGACAUCCAGUCUCAGCGGACAGAAUGUGAAACGGUUGUUUGAGUACAUAUUUGAGCACUGUUUGCCCGAGGGCGAGGAGCGUAAAAAACGGACUUCAAGCUCAGUUGAUCUUGACUUGGAAAAUGUCAGCUCUGCGGAAAAUAAGAAAAGUUGCUGCAAAACGUGAAGAGAAGAAAACAGAUGCACCUCCUGUAAAUUCGGAAUAAUGUUAUUUUUAGAGAAGUGUAUAUGUGCAUAUUAUGUGCAUAUACAUACUGCAUAUAAUUUGAUCAUUAGUCACUUUAUAUUAGAAGACUAAACUGUAGCUGCCAAAAAUAUUCACACAAGGAGCAGGAGGCAUUUUACAAUGGAAGUGGCAGACUCGCCAUACAAUUAAUUUAUGCGUUAAAUUUUUCUGCCAAGUGUAUUUUGAACUGUUAUUUGCUGUUCAAGGAGUCUUUUUAUAAAUACAAUGUAUUGAUGUCUGACACUCCAGAGAAAUGAACAAUAUGAAGCCUUAGAUGUGUAGUUUAAAGAAAAUGUAAAAAGGAAGAGAUUGGAAAAGUAUUUUUAUGAGGACACAGGCAUGUGAGCAGCUGUUUCAGCCCACAUGCAUUGAAAAGCUGUACAACUGGCAAAGGCAGAAGGCUUGAAAAAUUUUGACUCACUUAACUUAGCAUGCUUUUACUUUCUCAUAGGCGCUGAUGGUUAGAAGUGAAUCCCCACCUUCCCAUCUGCCCCUUCCUCCCCCCUCCUCUUUCUACUCCAUCGUGAUCCAUUCAAAAUAAUUUAUCCAGGUGAACAAUUUUCCACAUGACAACGAUUUUGAGCAAAUUUUUAAAUAUCCAAUUAAUUACAAUCCAGUUCAAGUGGUUUCAUAUUUGAAACUAUGUAAGUAUUGUUUGAUUAAAGAUUAAUCAAAAGUGGUCACUUUUUUUGUGCUAAGGACUGCUGAAAUGACAAAAUAUCAGCAUUGUUGUGAAAUGUAUAGUAUUCUCACAUUUCCCUUGGUUUAGAACUUGCUGAAAUAUAAAGUCAAGGAAAACCAAGAAAGUAUUACUAAGGGUAGCUUAUUUUUAUCAACUAUAAAUUCCAUAUUGUCCAACUUACAGUUUAUCUGUUUAUGUGAAUUUUUAUCAAUUAUGCAAGUAAUUUUACAAACAAAUUGUGAUAUGGGCAAACCUGCCAAUGUAUAUGUCUUUAAUAAAAGGUUCUAGAUUUAUUUUGUUAGCAAUGACAGUAGAUUGUUGGAUGUGACAGUUGAUUGUGACAAGUAUUUAAGAUUUGACAAGU